CUCUUGCUUCACUUCCCACUGAGUAUUCUCUCUCUCUUGCUUUGCAUUUUUGUAGAGUAUUUUAGAGAUAAGUUGCAUAUGUGCGCGCGAGUCUCCUUGCUUUUAUGUGUAGCUUCUGAUUAUACGCAAUCACAAUCGCUCACUUCCCGACCUUGUUAUUGUAGCGCUAUAAUAGAUGAGUUUUGUGGUAACUUUUCCUUUUUUUGUUCCAUUUUUAGUGUUUGAUUCAUUGGGUAAAGGGUUUGAAGUUUAUAUAUCUGCAAAAUGUGGCAAAUGCACUACUUGUAGAUUUCUCCUAUAUGUAUUGUGUCUUCAGCCGAGUAAGGUGAAGAUGGAAGCAGUGGUAGAUGCCAACACUCCAGUGGAUUACAUCGAGUUUCAUAUUUUUCCGAGCCAAAACAGAUACGAGGCAUGUGCAUGCUAUGCUAACAAGAAGGAGAAAGUCAAAUCUGGGCUUUUGGAGCAUCUAUUGCUGCAUUCAGUUGACAUCAAAGCUUUGCAUUCAAAAGGAUCUGAUGACAAGUAUAAACUUUACCCACCAGAAAAUUUGCAUGACAAUGAAUGGUUUACUAAAUCCACAUUGAUAAGGUACCUUCAUAUAAUUGGGUCAGAAGACAUGUUAGAAGUCACCAAUUCCUUUAAAAAUGAGAUAUCUCAGCUGGAGGAGGCUCGCACUUUCCAUCUUUCUAUAUAUGCAAAGGGUAGAGAGAAUCAGUUCCAAAGUGGGCUAUCUGAUAACAGCUUCACGGAUGAUGUGGGACCUACAGCAGAAGCUGAAGACUCAAAUGCUUCCAAGAAUGGAUUGUUGUGGGCCAUGGACAUGAGGCUCAAUGCACUGCGAGAAGAGUUGGCAACUGCUUUUGACCAAGCUGCUGAUUCUCGAUGCUCUGUGGAGGAGAUGACUGAUAUAGAGAAGUUUUCUCGACAUCUUGGAUCAACAGAUUUGAGUGAUUCCUUAAGCAAACAUAUAGAACUGAGACAUGGAGCUAAAGCUACCCAAAUUUCGAGCACUACACAUUUCUCAAAGAAUGACGAUUUAAAACCAAAAGACAGGAGAAAUGAGAUGCCAGUAAUGUAUAGCGUCUCGCCCGCCAAAGCAGCACAGGUAGAGAGGCAAAGCUCUACAGGAACCGAUGAGUCUUCUUUCUCAAGUGAGGAAGAGCAACUAUCUGUGGAAAGAAGUCGGACUCUUAUAAGAUCUGCUUCACCUAGGAGGUCAGCGUCUCCAAUGCGGAGAGUACAAAUUGGACGAUCUGGGUCUCGAAGGUCAACUGCAAUUACUAUUAAAAGUCUGAACUAUUUUCCUUCUCGGGAUAGAAUGUUACAUAAAGACUCUGCAGACGAUAGCGAUGAAGAUAGUUUGGAGCAAGCACCGAAAAAACCAGAAAAUAAUGCAAGGAGAAUGAGUGUACAAGAUGCCAUAAAUCUUUUCGAAAGAAAACAAAUGGAUCAAACAGUGGAUAUUCAAAAGGCUAGGUCCUUGUUGAGUGCAACGACUGGAUCAAACAAGUCUGUAUUGAGAAGAUGGAGAAGUGGGAUGGGCAAAGAUUCUUCACAAUGUCCUCAAGAUGAUGUUACUGAGGAUUCUGCUUCUGAGAUUCAAAAUAACGUAGAAAGUAGGGAUGUCAAUGUAACCCGAACCCGCGGGCCGGCCCGAAAGUCUGAAGCAGUGCAGGUUGUUGCUUCAGAACACUUUCCUUUCGAGCAUUGUGAUUCAGAUGCGAAGUUGGACUCACAUGUAAAAGAAGCAUGCACUCCUGUAGUUAUGCAAGAAGACACUUGUCCGACAGAAUCAACUGAUGUUAAUGAUAAAAUAGUCACCUCAGCAGAGUGGAGCCGUCAAAAAGAAACAGAACUAAAUGAGCUGCUGAUGAAGAUGAUGGAAACCAAACCUGUGACAAGCCGUAUAGCUGUGGCUGCUGGUAGCAAAAGACAAAGCUUGCCGUCUGAGAAGAGAGGUGGAUUUUAUGACCACUACAAGGAGAAGAGGGAUGAGAAACUUCAGGGAGAAGUUUCUGACAAAAGAGAAGGGAAAGACAGGCAGCUAAGAGGGAUGCAACAAAACAUUGAUAACAAAAAAUCACAACUGAGCCCAGCAAAUGGUAAUGCUGGUAGAAAAAAUAAUGCGAAGCAGCUCAAGAAACCACAAAUUAGUCCAUCUCAAGCAAAUGGGGCUGUUAAGAAGGCAUCUACAAAAGCAUCUUUGCUGCCUGCCACUCAUAAAUCAUGGCCAUCAAUUCCAUCACCCGCAGCUAGAGGGCCAUCCCCUGGAGCUAGAGGACCAUCAGCUGCUACAACCCCCAAUGCUCUAUCAGCUUCUGGCACAGUGCCAACUCGUAGAAGGUCAUGGCAAACACCACCAGCUUCUCAGGUUAGCUCAAAUGUAGAGACAUCUCAAAUACGAGUAAAGUCUGUAAAGCUGAAUCAAAAUGAAAGCAAGAGGAGCCUGAAACCUGUCAUUGAAACAAAGUCUAAGAAAACUGUCAAAAGCAAUGUCCAGACUGCUACAGAAGAGAAUCUUGUUUCCUCAGCAGAGCCUAACUUAUACCACAAGGUGACAAAGAAGAGCAGCGUAGCUCCGCUGGAAUCAAAGCCUUUUCUUCGUAAAGGCUCUGGAAAUACUACCUCCAGUGUUAAUCCAACUGUGAAGAAAAAAGCAUAUCCUCAGGAACCAGUAAGGAAGGCUGAGGAUCUGAUGAUGUACGAUGACAAAACACCAGUUUCUAAGUCCUCUGAUCUAGUUGUUCAACAUGAAGAGAGUCCUCCACAAUGUAACAACAAGGAAGACGCUGAAGAAGAAUCAACCAUUUCACCAACAGCUUGGGUGGAAAUAGAAGAUCAAGAUCACUCCAUAAAAUCUGUUGAACACGGUAACCAAAUCGUGGGUUCACCGGCUUAUAAAGCGCCAAUUGGAGCUUCAAGUCCUCGAGUCCGUCAUUCUCUUUCACAGAUGCUUCUUGAGGAGAGCAGUGAACCUGAUUCUGUUGACUGGGGGAUUGCUGAAAAUCCUCCAGCAAUGGUCUACCACAAAGAUGCACCAAAAGGAUUAAAGAGGCUGUUAAAAUUUGCUCGUAAGAGUAAGACUGAUGCAAACUCAACAGGUUGGUCAAGCCCAUCUGUCUUUUCUGAAGGAGAGGACGAUUCUGAGGAUUCCAGAUUCACAAGAAAGAGAAGUGCUGAAAAUUUGUUGAGGAUAGCAACCCAUCACUCAAAGAACAACGGGCACCAGAAGAACUUCUCUGACUAUGACAACCAUGCUCAAGCAAGUAUUAGGAAGCUUGAUGCUCAGAGUUUAUCACAGCAGUUUCAGGAGGGAAAUGUUCCUGCUUCUUUGACUACAACGAAAGCAACAAGGUCUUUCUUCUCUCUUUCAGCAUUUAAAGGCAGCAAAUAG